AUGCAAAAUAACGACUUAGACUAUGAUUUUGCUUUGCGAUUGCAGCAAUUAGAAUUGCUUAAUAAUGAACCAUUAUAUCGAAAUUAUCAUGAAGAUGAAACCGAUGAGUCAUUUGAAGAAACGUUAAGUGGAAGAACUUCACAUGAUACGACUCCAAUCGUUAAUAACAGACAAGAUGAACGACGAGAUAGUAGUGUCGAAAACGAUUAUGCCAUUGCUAUGCAGUUGCAACAAAUUUUAAACGAAGAAGCAUUAGAGGAAAAUAUGAUUGGCAAGAAUAUUUUUGAGUUUGAAAACUAUGAAACAAAUUCAGAAACUGAAAUUGGCCAUUUCAGAAGAAAUAAUGCAAUAGAAACAAAUCGAGCAUAUAUCGAAAAUCUGGAAGAUGAGGAUGAAGAUGAUUUAGAUCAAGAUCUUAAGACGAUCAUUGCUCAAUUUAAAAAUAAGUUAAUUCAAAAACAUCCGGCUGCACCCAGAAGAAUCAUUAGAUUAUCUUCAAGAAAUCAAUUACUUAUGUUUUCGGAAUUCAUUGAAGCUAUUAAACUAUUUAGAGAUAUAGAUUUUAUACAACGACCAAUGAUUGAAUUUAAACAUGAGCCUGUUGUUGAUGGUGGUGGUGCAUUUAAUGAUACUAUUCGUCAGAUUCUGGACACAUUCAUGUCAUUAGAAAAUCCUGAGUAUGGUGGCAAUGGCCGUCUAUUUACCGGUGAUGAUUCUAAAUUAAUCAGUUCAACUGCUCCAAUAAGCGUUUUGGAUGAACUUAAUAUAUUUGGAGAUAUUUUAUUUUUGGCAAUAGUUAAUGACGCACCAUUCCCUGUAGACUUAGAUAUUAUCUUAUUCAAAUACUGUUUAGACCUUGAAAAUACUAUUACCCUAAAGGAUGUUGAAAGAUUCAACCCUGUAAUGUACAAUCUUGCCAGAGAAGUUUUGAAUGCUAGUCCAGACGUUGAUUUAUCUACCAUUGAUGGUUUUGAUCAAUGGGCUGAAGAUAAAGAAAUAUCUAAAAUACAGAGGCAGGUUUACUCUCGAUCUAAAGAAAAUUUAAGAAAAUUGGCCAAGGAAAUCUGUCAUGAUAUACUAAUUCACAGUCGAAUUAAACAACUUAAUGCUAUAAAACUUAAAUUAAAUAAGUUUGGGUUUUUAAAUGUUCUUAAAGAAAAACAAAUUAAAAUUGAUCAAGUAAAAGAUUACUUUUAUCGAGAGUCAAUAACAUAUGAUGACAUUAUUCGGAAAUUGGUCUUUAGCCCAGCUAAUUUGAGUAGGCGUCAAAAUGCGGUCAAGAAUUGGCUUAUUGAAUGGUUACAAGCACAAAGAAAGGAAGAAUUACAAGAAUUUUGUAAAUUGGUUACUGGUUUCAUUCAUCCACGAGAAGAAAUAACGGUGGCUUUUAAAACUUAUAUUGCUCGAGAAAAUAGAGAAGCUGCUCUUACACCUAGAUUUUCAACGUGUUUUUCCGAAAUGAAGAUCUCUGAAUUUUUUAAUUCAAAACAUGAAUUGUUUGCAAUUAUGAAUGCUCAAGUUAAUAAGGACCUUCAUGACGAUAGAUUUACUGUAGCCUAA